AUGGAUGCUGUCAUGGCGGGCCCUGAGGGUUGCUACGAUGAAGAUCUAAAAGAAGGUUCCCCUCAACGCCCUCUUCUUGUUCAAGACACCAUCACUCCCGCCAACAACGGCCAACUACGGCGCCGGCGGCGUAUUAUGCUCUGGCUAACGGCCUUUUUGGCGGGGCUAACGCUUAUUUCCGCACUUCACCAGACGCCUUGUUUGAAAGAGCAUGGACCAGCAACGGCAGCAUCGAUUGCUAAGCAUCAUCUCGACGAUUUCUGGCAAUCCCUCAGAUCUCGAGCAGCACAGAAUGACGAUCCCCCGCCAGCCCCUGCCCCCAUGCGGGCUGUUCUCAAAACCUUUGAAGUCUCACAGCCAGUGCGGAUGCCAGAUGGCCCAGUUGAGAGCGACGGCUCGACCCGGCAUGGGAAUGAGUACAGCCCCAAGCUGUGCACGGUUUUGCUCAUGAGAAGGGACUUUGCGUGGAGCUAUGGUGAUCCGUUCAUUGGUACAGAUGUCCCUUUACCACUAUGCCGCAUUUGCACCAUGAAAUUCUGUCGGGAUUAUACACCUCCCGACUGUUUUUUCAACAGAGUGGUGCUCAACUUUAGCUCCGUUUCUGUUGGCAGACAGUUUGACCGGCUUGCGGUGAUGUACUUCGGGGAUACCGAGGUUUUAAAUUUCUCAGGGAGAACUUCCACAGCCCAGCCCACCGCGCCUCCCGGAAUAAGCUGGAUCUACCUCAAGGACAUGACGCACUACAUGUACUUUUGGAAACGCCCUCAAAAAGUCAUCUUUGACCUGGGAAACCUGAUCACCAUCUUCUACAACGACCCAAACCCCCACCCCGCCAACCUAGCCCAGCAAGCCCCUCCCUCAGACCUGAUCCUCCCCAUCUCGGCCCGGUUGUCCUCGACCAAUUCGCCAAGCGUGUUCACCCUCCCCUCCCAACGUGCCGUCACUACCUUUUCCGCUGGCUCCCUUCCCCGUGACAUCCGCCGCGCGGUCGUCUCCCUCUCCACCACGGGACAGGCAAGCGAAGAAUUCUUCUGGUCCAACGUCCUCGAGUCAGACACGGCGACAUUCGAAGGUGACCCCCUCCCGGGGCUGUCCCCCUUUAGAGAGGUGCAGCUCUACAUUGACAACCAACUCGCCGGGGUGUCGUGGCCUUUUCCCGUCAUCUUCACCGGGGGUGUAGUACCGAGUUUGCACCGGCCCAUCGUUGGGAUCCAGGCGUUUGAUAUCAAGGAGCAGGAGAUCGACAUCAGCCCCUGGUUACCUCUGCUCUGUGAUGGAGAGGAACACACGUUCGAGAUCAAGAUUGCCGGCGUGGGCAGGGAUGGGAAGUUGACGGAAAAGGUAGGGGACAACUGGGUGGUGACUGGCAAGGUGUUUAUCUGGUUGGAUUACGACAGGAAGGAUGAGCACGCUUGUGCAAAGGGGGAUGGGUGCAUCACUACUGGGCUGAAGCAGCCGGUGGUUACAGCGCCGGAGCCUGAGAUUGUGGCGCGCAGUGAGGUCAAGCUGGAUCGGCAGCAGCUAGGUAAUGAGACAUUGGAUUACUCUAUUGUGGUCAAGAGAAAGAUCGAGAUUAGGGGGCAGGUGUCGGCUUUUCUGGGCCGGGAGAAGAUGCAGGAAGUGAAAUGGGUGCAGGAGCUGGCGUAUUCAAAUCAGGGGUUGAUUUCUCAGCAUGGAUUGCAGGCGAUAAAUGAUUUGACGAUCGAGGGGAGAGACCAGGCUGGGUUUGUUUCCAACGAUCUGGAGAAAGGCAACCAGCGGGGAGGGUAUGAGGUGCUGUAUCAGUACCCGCUGUCCGUGAACUCAAGCUAUGCGGUAUCAGAACAGGGGAACUUGAGUAUUUGGGCGCACGCCAUUCAGGGAAGGCAGGUAGAGGUGGACGGAUGGGGAGGAGGGGUGGUGUUCCCGACCGGACUGGAAGCCUUUGACACGGGAUACAGCAGGUCCAAGCUGUACACGAUCAAAGAGGGCAUAGCAGAGUAUCGCCAGACAGGCGAUCAGAUGAGCAGUACAGGAUGGGGCGAGUCGAGCCAAGAGUUUGAGUUUACGGGUGACGGAGAAGAAUUGUACUGGAGGAGCGUGGGGGCUGUGAAUGGGACUGUUAUUUAUGACCGGAAGAGAAUGGGAGGGGGUGUGAUUGUGGGAGGUCCCAGAGUAGUGUCUCAAGUGGCACUGAACGGUGACGGCGUCUCUACUCAGGCUUCUGGAUAUGAUUCUGGAGUGGCGGUAGCAAAAUGGCCAAGGUUGUUUCCGAAGGAAAAUGGGGCUUGA